CGUAGUAUAUUGUAGUUUGAAAUAUUUUAAUUUAUUGUAUAAGUAUCAAACUUCUAUCAACUUUAUUUAGGAUACAUAUUUAUAAAGAUUUUUAUACACCUUUGUCCAAAUUUUUUAAUCAGAACAUUAUUAUUUUUAGUUCACAAUCGAUUAGUAAUUUAUCCGAAUGAGUAUUCGAACAAUCGUUCCAUACCCCGUCUCUAAAUUCACUGAUUAAUAUUAUUUUACAAUUCUUCUAUCUUAUCAGUAGAUACAUAUAAAAGUGAAUAUUAACAUUAAGAUUUAAAAAUGUCUAAGGUUAUUUUAAAUGACUUACUGCAAAUAUUCAAAAGUAGUGUAUCGGCUGUUCUUCCUGAAAAUCUUAUCAAAAAGACUAUCAGUUACAGCCCUACUACCCAAAAGUUAUCAAUAGGUGGUGAAAAUUAUAACCUACAAAAUAAAAAUGUUUAUGUUGUCGGUGCAGGAAAAGCAGUUCAAAACAUGGCCAUUGAAGUGGAAAACAUAUUAAAUUCUAAACUUAAACAAGGUAUUAUAAGUAUACCAUUAGGAAGCUUAAGUACUAAGCUACCAGAAAAUAAUAAAAUAUUGUAUCUUGAAGGUGCUAAAAAUAAUUUGCCUGAUGAAAAUGCUAUGGCAACAACCAGAAAGAUAAAAGAAUUAGUUUCAAAGUUAACCCAAGAUGAUUUUUUAUUAGUUUUAUUAUCAGGUGGUGGAUCUGCACUAUUAUCAUUACCUAAGGAACCAAUUACUUUGCAAGAAAAAACUGUGCUAAUAAAGAAAUUGGCAAACUCAGGUGCAGAUAUUAAAGAACUUAACACAGUUAGAAGAUGGAUUUCUGAUAUAAAGGGUGGGCAAUUGGCUAUGUAUGCUCAGCCGGCACAAACUGUGACCUUAAUACUAUCUGAUGUUGUUGGGGACCCUAUUGAUAUGAUAGCAAGUGGACCCACGGUUCUUAGUGAUGAUAACCCCAUGGAAGCAAUUAAAAUAAUUAAGAAUUUUAAAUUAUACAAUGAAAUUUCCCCAUCAAUUAAAACACUUUUGGAAAAGAAAAAUCUUACAAAAACAUUUCCGAAUGAUAAAGUUCAAAAUAUUAUUUUAGGAUCAAACAAACUAAGUAUAAAAGCAGCUACUACAAAGGCUAACAAAUUAAAUUAUUUACCUAUUGAACUAUCUAAUAUUGUUACUGGUAGUGUAGGUGAUUUAGUUCAAGAAUAUGUAAAAUUAGUCAAAACAUUUUGUGAUUUUAGAAAUGGAAAUGAUAACAUCACCAACUUACAGAAUCAAUUACAAACCUUAAAUAUACCAGGCUUAAAGUUAAAUAUUGCUGAAAACACAGAUAACGUCAGUUCAAUUAAGACUAAAGAUUUAUGUUUAAUACUUGGCGGAGAAACAACUGUGAAGGUUAAUGGGUUGGGUCUGGGUGGUAGGAAUCAACAGUUAGCUUUGGAAUUUUCGAAAGCUUUGAGCUAUUCAAGUAAUGAAUUAAAGGGCCAUGAAAUCUAUUUUCUAAGUGCUGGAACUGAUGGUAUUGAUGGACCGACAGAUGCAGCAGGUGCUAUUGGACAUGUAAAUCUGAUUUCUGAAUGUAAACAAGACAAUAUUGAUGUCGAUACAUAUAUAAAUAAUAAUGAUUCUUACAAUUUUUAUAAAAAAUUCAAAAAUGGUGAACUUCAUGUAGUUAUAGGACAUACAAACACUAAUGUGAUGGAUAUACACUUAAUCAUAAUAAAAAAAGUUUUUAAUGCAAUUUAAUUUAAUAUAAUAGAAUAUAUUAAAUUCAUACAUAUAUAUAUUUAUAACGAUGGUUUAA